AUGCCGACAUCCUUUUCUUUGACUUCUUUAACAGCUUCCAUGCGAAGGGUAAAGAGGAUGUUCCUGGAGAACUUGAGAAGUUCUCCGGUGGAGCAUUAUAAACGGGUGUUGAACGUGCCCGAAAUAAAUGAGUGGGUAAAGAAACGCCCUGUAACCGAAUUCUAAGCUUGUGGUCUUGCUAUUGUAGCAACUGUUAUUCGAGAGAAAGGCCCAAAGCACUUCUAGCGUGUGCUGUAGUCAAACAGCUCCGUGCGUCACCGUUGUUUCUUUUAAGGUGCAAACGAAUAAAGAAAAGGUAUAUUUUUGUAUUGAUCUUGUGUUCAAUGUGCCGAUAUACCCGGCUAUAGUUGGGGACACCGCAGGGAAACUUAAGUCAGGGUCUGCCAAAAACUAAAGUAGCCAAUGUAAAUCUUAAAAUGCUACCAUUGCCCUUUCUCUUCUCCUCGCUCUUUCCAUUUUUCCUCUCCUUUUCGUUUGCUGCCGUGAUUUCUCAGCUUAUCGAGCGUAAAAUUAAAAGCCUGUCUUUUGGCCCGUUUUUUACUGCAAGUUUCGUUAGGUUCGUUUUCAAAAAAUCAGCUAGAUAUACGAUCUGAACGUGAAGGAUUCUACACCCAAACAGAGGCUUAAGCUAAACUGCAGCGGCCAAUUAACAACUGAUGCAGAUUCAGGGGUAUUUUUUUACGUUCUUUUCACCAUCGAGCCUGUAAAUUAGGAUUGGAAAAGGAAAAACUUCCCAAGUCUUCUCUUUGACACGAGCGAACUUUUAUAUACAGUAAGGCUACUUUCCUGUUGAUCGAUUUGUAGUUCGAUGAACGGAAAAAUUGUAAAAUGAUUAAAAUGUUAAUUUCGGAAAAAAAACCUGAUUUAUCUUCUUUGUACAAAAACAAACAAACUGCCAUCUUACUUCGUCUAUUCAUUGUUUUAGUCAAUGAGGAAGUCGCCAUCUUCUUUACCACUUUCACUCGCUUUGCACGUAUUGAGAACCGUUUAAUUUUUUCCCGGGAAAACUAGUGCCGCGAGGAUUCUGGGAACGAGAAACCAAUGCAGUGCAAUGGAAGCCAUGAUCAUCAACCAGAAAUGGGGGAAAUUGCUACAAUUUGUGGUCAAGACUACCCAUGACCCUUGCAGGUACACAUCAGUGCACUAGGGGAAAUUGACCAUUCUAAAGGUGCUACCCUUGGAAAAGUUUCAUUCCUCGUUCUGUGGCAUAUUUUUGGACAAACUUAACGGCAAAUAUAGCUGUAAACUGCUGGAAUGUUGACCAUGUUUACGCUGUGUGCGACCACGUUGGCUUCAAAUAUCUUACAGGUAAGCUUAGAGACCGGUCAUUAUUGAUGUAGAGGGAGGGGGGGGGAGGGAAACAUUAAAGGGGGUCAAGACUAUUUCAGAUUGUCUGGAGGGGGGGCUAAACUUUUUUAUAAAGAAGUUUAGGGGGGUCUGUUUGCUUACGAGACAGCUAAAUUUUACGCAAAACGAAAAGUCUUCGGACAAAAACACGAAAUUCAUUAUCUCGAAAAAAUAAUAUGCUACAUUCAGUCAUGUACAUAUGUAUGUAAUGUUGGGAUUGCAAAUUCUUUAUGCAGUAGAACAGUUUAGUUCACCAUUGUUCAAGGUAAUUUGCGUUUAUGGAGUCGAAUUAAGCUCAAAGCUGUUCCAUUGUACUACUAUUUGACUGUCUGUUCCAAUAAAUCUCUCUUUUUCUUGCGACACAACAUUUCCACUCUGCUCUAGGUUUUAUGGCAUCUUAGUGAAGUUUGCUUUUUCACUCGCAGCACGAAGCUCUGAGGAAAGAAGGCUUGCCGCUCGCUUUCUAGUGUCCGUAAAGCGGGAUUCGACGUAAUUUGUUAGGCUUACAUGGGUGAAGGACAGCGGACUUGGGUUUCAGUUAAAUGAGAUGUCAGUUUAAACAAAUUUAGCUGAUAUGAUCCAUGAAGAAGAUGCUAUUGAUUUGUGAGAACCAUUUCUCCAUUUCCAUACUAUGAAGAGGACGAAGUGAAAAAGCAUCUGCUAUAAAAGUCAUAUCAAACUAUAAUGUCGCUACUCGCUAAUGCAAGGCAAAGAAAGAGUAAUAUGGGGAAUUUGAAAUGGUUUGAAGAAACCUUUUUGAGGGCGUUCUGAUCAAAGUAAUGAUGAAAUGAAUUUCAUUCCUGCCCAUUUAUGUCGCGUUUGUGACCCUUGUUUGCUUGGUCUGAAAACGGGGAUGGAUUUUAGAGGCCAGGUAUGAAAACGGCCGGUUGGAAAAAGACACUUACUUUCUUCUGGUCCGUUCUGGCGGCACACCUCCAAAAAGAUUUACCAAAAGUAACUCCCGAGAAUUGUAGGUUUCUAAAUUCUUCAUUGCACGAGAGGUUUCAAAAAACAGUUCUGAAGGCACAUUUAGGACAUUAGGCCAGCUUUCAGCACGUACAGUACAUGGUCUAUAUAAAAGCAGUCUACUUCCUCAUUACAUAAAAAGAAUUAGCAAAUACAGGGAAACCCUCCUUUAUCUCUUCCGCACAUCAAAUUUAUUCGCAGUUUAACUCAUUCUCUUCCCAGGUCAAAGAUUUCGACCACUUUUGGUCGAUGACGCGACCAACACUCGCAAAAAAUUGUGUUACUUCCGAUUGCCUCCAAAUUUGGCCCACAGGAAGUCAAUAGAUUUAGCCAAUUAUGUGCCAAGUUCCAGGCCCUGGGGAGUUUUGAGCUUCACGCAACGAUUUUUUCAAAUCUAGUGAAAAUGGCGCUUCCGUCGGGAAGAAUUUUGUCGCGGCUUUUGCGAAGAAUGAAAGCUUUUAUCGACGAAUUUCGACCAAAUACAAGUCAAGCAAAUUAUUUUAGAGGAUUCUGGUGGAUAACAAGCGAAAUAAACGCGAAAAUAGAGGUAAUAAAACAGUAAGAAUCUUUGCUUCAAAUUCGCCGUGUAGGCCAUAGUCUGGCACAAAUUCUGUUGAAACGCAGUGAAAUCCGUCCCGCGGAGCUUUUUGCCUUCAAAGCCUUGCUUAUUUUGAUGACUUAUAUCAGUGAAUUUAUGUUUGCUUGUUUUUAACCCGAUAUUUCACCGAGAAACUAAAAAAUAAAGCGUCUUUCGAAGGUAUUUAUCGGGCCACAAAGUGACGCUAUAGUAUCUAGUUUCGCUAUGCUAAUUAGCUCUGACCUCAUUUGCAUAAUCCGAUAGGGUCACAAAAUAAAUUUGUAGAAAAUUGUUUGUCGCUUUAUAUUUUCGACCGAUAUUCGGGCUGUUUUACUUAGAUAUUGAAGAAAAAAACUUAUUUGUACUGUAUUACAUAAAAUAUACAACUUUUCUGGCAAAACUACACUAUUAAAUUUUUUUAAAAAUAAUUAUCUAGAAAUAUGCCUUGUUUAUUUUUUUUGUGCAGAAUAUUAUGGUUUCCCUGAGACCGAAAUAUUUUUUUUCUGAAAGUUUAAUUUUUGCCCUUUCCAAUGAGGUAUAGCUUGAUAUGGAACUGUAAAUAACAGCAGAGAUAUAAUUUUUUAAAGUUGCAUGGUCAAAAAUACUUAAAAUAUGUUGUGAAGACAAUGAGAGGGAUCAAAAACAACUAAAGUACAUAAAAAUAUCAUUUCAUUUCAUGGCGAAUUUACUUUGUUAGGAUAAACAAAGUGGCAUUGCUGAACCUAACUUUCUUGUUUGGGAGUGAAUGUACUCGAAGUUUAAAAUUGAAGUUUUAAAUCAAGAUUAAAUGAGAUGUUUUUUCUCAUAAAUCUUUUAUUGAAGUGCAAUGGAUGGUCAUUCGAAACGUGAAGUGUUAGAAAUACUUAAUAUGAAUUUUUAAAAAAUGUUAUUGUUCGAUUUAUUUUCUUAAACCGGCUGACCAAUUGGUCAAUAAUUUACUGUUUUUAGAAAAACGGUCACGAGACAUAUCACGUGACUUGUUAAUACAAUAUGUAUACUUUAAAAUAUUAAGGACGAUGAGUUCUUUACAUGUGCCAAAUUUAUAUUAAACGACAUCAUCUAUGCCGAAGUUAUUAACAAUAAUUCAUUUUUCACUGGUAAACCCCUUAGUCCCAGGCCUCAAACUACUUGAGAAAUAAGAAGAGUUACAUUCGGAAUAUUUUAAAAUCGACGAGCUACUGUAAUCGAGUAAUUUUAAUACUUAUAGCUUCUGUGGCAGGAAACAGGGACAAUUACUUGUUUUCCUAGAACGAGCCUAGCUUUGUAAAUAAUUUCAACUUGCAAUUUGAACUGAACUGAUCAGAAUAUAGCAGGGAAACGACAGUCAUGUUUUUAAAAGGUCUUCCAAGAAAUAGAAAUUUCAAGGGACGACCAUGAUCGAAUGGGGACAAAAAUCAAACCCCCUCUAAAAAAAUCCCUAGGGCUUCCGACAACCCCCCCCCCUAAAAAAAAAUCCCUGGACUAAAAAUUAACCUCAAAAAAUCCCAUGCCGAACAAUAACACGAAAAAUAAAAUAUCAGAAUUUGAAUUUUCUUAACAACAUGCACCCGAGACAUCCAAGAACAUCCUCUGUUUCAGCAAUAACAUAAAAGCAGAAUGACAAAUUCAGAUAGUUUUGAAUAUCCCAAAUAAUCCCUAUUAGAAUCAAGCCAAAAACUACUUGCCAAAUUUUCCUAACCAAAAAUUUCCGGAAUGGAAAAUUCAGUGCCAAAAAAUCCUUCGUUCAUCUUCGUCACUUGAAAUAAGGAGUACCCCUCCCCCGGGCGUUCAACGCGUUCCCUCCUCGCGAAGCGGGCGCGUUCGUAGAGAACGCGUAAAGCGAGUAGUGUAGGAGUUGCUCAGAAGGUCUUUCCUCUGCUAAUUGGUCGCAGGAAACAUUGAUAUGCAAUUCUGCCAAUUGUUUUACUAUUAUUUGGGGUCAGGGAAACUCACCAUUGGUGACUUCUCUUCCGAGCAGCUGCUACAUGACUUCGACGAAGCCCAUAUGGCUUUUGGUCAGGUUAGCGCACGCACGCGCGCGCGAACGCGAACGCGACAAACAAGGGUCCGUCAAGCGCGUGGUCAUUUUUGCGUUUCGCUCAACGAACGAUGAAAAAAGAGAGCGUUCAAGAAAUUCGAGUUUAGGACGCGGUCAGGCUGGUCGCAAAAUUUUCGCCACAUUUUGCUUCUAGGGGAAUAAAAACCGAUUAACUACCUCGCUGCUAGCUUGCGUGUUAUGCGCUAUGACCUACCCUAUUUGAAAUAUUAGCACCCAGGAAAGAGGAACUCGUUAUAAUGUCCUAUACAGUGAGGUAGGUAUGGUAUAGUAACUUUAUUUAUACACGGUAUUUCCUUCAGGUACAUUUACAUUCAAGUAUAGAGAACUAACUACCUAACUAAUCUAUAAUCUAAGAUAAAAACUAAAAUAAUAAAGAUGAAAAGAAAACACCUGCUUUUCAAGGGGGUCGUGUGUAAAAACAGCAUAUCGGUGAUUAAAUUAUUUGACAAUCGAAAUUAAGGUCCCUUAAUUUUUCCUUAAAUAAAUAAGGGGAUGUCAAUUUCCGCACCUUCAGACUCCAGAGGCAAGCUGUUCCAUAACACACUUCCGCUGUAAGAAAGACUUAUUUUAUAAAAUUCAGUGCGGGGUUGUGGAACAGCGAGAUUGUAUUCAUUCUCUCUAAGGUUUAGUCUGAAUUUCAUCCGAUUACUUCGAGUCGUUAUUACUCCCUCAGUUGUUGAGAGGAGAAAACGACUCGAAGCAAUCGGAUGAAUUUCAGGCUGUCUAAGGUUAUAACUAGUUAAAUGUUCACCCAAAGCGGGUCCCUUUUUCAGCUUUUAGGUAUAUGAAAGGGCAGGGGUUUCAUUACUAGUUAAAGUACAUGAAAGGUUAGGCAAAUCUGCCAUUUUGGCCUGUAAAAGGACCUUAAGGUCUAACAGACGCAUUUUAUGGCUGUGAAACAAAAAAAAAACUUCUUGGUUUAGUAAUUUAUUUACAUAUAAACAGAUGGUGCAUCAACAGCAGUUUGAAAUAGAUGCGGGGUUACCAUUUAUCAAUUAAAAGGGGUAAUUCUCAGUCAAAAACAGUUUAUGUAAGAAUGAGGUGUUGGGCCUUGGGGUGAAGCCUCUCCAUAUACGACUUCAUUGAAUUCCCCCCCCUUGGAUUUAGCAUAAUCAGAACCGAGGCGGCUAUUGGCCUCUCCUUAGAAGAAACCCCGACGUAUUACUACCUUUCUGUUUCAGCUGGUAGACCACCUCUUGGUCAAAUGCCAUUCAUUGCACGACUCCUGAAGGAAAAAUCCUGGCACAGUCUAGUACAAUUAUGAAGUACAUCUGCAAAAAAGGAGGUGAUGUAUUGAACGUAAUUUGUUAAUCAGCAUAUCACUCCACAGGCGGAUAAUCCGAACUGUUUGAGGUACUAUCUGCCCGUGGGUCUCCGGGGAUCUAUUUCGUAACCCCCCUCUUGGCUUGAUUCAAGUGAUCGGGAGAAAUGCUUCAUACAAAACAGACGUUUGCACCUUGUGAUCCCAAAUGUUAAAUGAGGUAAGAUAGUUGAAAAAAGAUUACUUACCAUAUCAGGGGCACCCGACGACGGUUUCCUCCUAAGUACCCUGAGAACACUUUUUAGGCUAUCCUGCAGAGUACUUUUAGAUCUCUAGAAAUGCAUUCUCAGCGGCACUAUAAAAUUUGUAUCGGUUCAGUCAUCCUAGGGCAACCUAAGAUUUUUCGAAAUUAUUAGGGCUUCAGUAUUACUUUCCAGAAAAUUUUAGAUGUAAUUUAACGUUUUACGAAAGUGACGAUUUUUCUAAUUCCUCUCUUCAUCGCAUUUUUGAAUCCGAAAAUUUUAGGUUUCCUUUUUCUACGAAAAAUAACCAAACCUGGCGAGUGAAAUGUGAAAAAGUAAACUUCAAUAAAUCGUAGGGAAUUUGUUAGGAAGCUUCGAAAAUUGUACACGAAUGGAACAGUCACGUAAAAAUUUUUAGCGGUCCUCAAGGAAUACAAAAUUUUAGGCAAUAUUUGCUUCUCCGAACAGAUAUUUUACAGAAAACAGUCGUUGGUUGCCCCUGCCAUAUGUUUUCAGUGUCGUUCUCUGCUUUUUUUGUGGCGAUUUGAGUCGCUUGAAACUGACACCCCACACUAAUACAAUACUUUACAUUAACAUUUGGGAUCAAAAGAUGCAAACUUUUUUUUAAGCCUUCUCCCGGCGGUCACUUGUGUGAAUCACGAUAAGAGCAGACGUUACGUUAUGUAAAUGUAUGAGAUCAUAUGUCGCGCGUAACAUGCAUCACGACUCCCCGAAAAGUUCGGAUCAGGAGUUCAGGAGUUUCCUGUGAUCACUUAUACGAAUUAGCCGCAACGCAGACAUUCUAAGGAGCUUCGUCACGCCCUUAGAACGUCUGCAUAGGAGGCUACCUGCCGAUAUACUAAAGAGCCUAUCUCGGUGAUCUGUCGGUCUGUCUUUCUUAAUUUUUUUUCUCUUCAUUCAUUUAUUCAUUCACUCAGUCAUUCAUUCAUCCAUCCGUCCGUCUGGCCGUGCCUAUGUGCGUUCGUUCCUUCGUUGAUUCGUUCAUCUACCUUUUUUCUUUCUUUCUCUCUCUUCUUUUUUUUCUUAUUCCUUGUCUGUGUGUCUCACUCACUCACUCAUUCAUCCAUCCAUCCAUCCGUCCGUCCGUGCGUGUGCUCAUUCGUUCCGUCGUCGAUUCGUCGAUUCGUCCGUUCUCCCAUUUUUCUUUUUUCUUUCUGUCCCCCUCUUUUCUUUUUUUCAUACUCCUUGUCUGUGUGUCUUUUUUUCUACUUUUCAUCUUUUCUUCCUUUCUUUUCCCUCUUGUUUCUCCUUUAUUUUUCAAGAAGAAGAGUUUAGAAGGUGUAUGAUGGCUUAGCUUUUUUUAAGUAUUAAUUAAAAUACUUACUUUGAUAAUUAGGUUUGUGCCCAGCUGACAGUUUUAAUGAAGCGACAGCGGAUAUGAUCAGUGAUGGAGUUACUGAUUUACUUCAGCGAUUUAGCAAGAUAUACUAUGAGAAAGACGAAACGAAGAAGGUAAUGCUAGAGUUGAUGUCCGUGUCCGUUCCCCUCAGAGUUUGUCAGGCUUUACUCUAGACUACAAAAUAGUCGGUCUUUUUCUUAAAAUUGGUUGUGCAAGGCGCAAAGCGCGUGGGCUCGUAGUGCCCCAUGCAGUCUAGACUUACUCAAGACGCCCAUUCCGACCCUUAACGACAGGCAAUUCUUUAUUUUUUGACAUUGAGAAUUGAAGCAAAAUACCUGGCUAAAAUUGAUUCAAUUAAUAGCAUUUGUAUGGUGUGAAAAAUUAUAAAGAAGGAACAUGAACACAUGCCAUGUACCAUGGGGUACUUGCCACUUCAUUUAAUGUUCUUUUCUAAGGAAACGCCUCAAAUUGGUUUUCAAGUUGUCAAUCAACACAUAGAUCAAUAAACGCUUUCACAAAAAUGAUAUCUUUCUACUGCUAUAACACUUGAGAGGUAAGAAUGAAACUUUUCGUUUUUUGCGGACUUUUAGCAUUUUUAGAGAUUAUUCCCUCUUGUUGUCACUGAAGCCGGCCACUUACAGGAAUGGCUCUUGUAGACGAUCAUUUCAUACGGAGUUUUAUUUGCUAAAGGUUGCCGUAACUCCCAGGGAGAGAUUAUGCCGGUGGGCUCCGCCCCGGGGUCCAAACCCUUAGUCAUUUGUAAAGCCUCUUGAAGAAGAAAGGCCUUACCUUUCGAAUUAUCUGCUUGCUUCUUUGCAUUGUCCAAUCCCUUACCCGUUCAUAUACCAUUUUUAACUGCUGUAAAUGCAUUGUCUUUGAAAUAUGAAUAAAUCACAAAACCAAAAGUUUUCUCGUUUUCAUCAAAGCCAUGAAUUGUAUGUGUUAUAUCUGUUGGACCCUUUCACAGACAGAAAUGGCAGUCUUCCCUACCCUACCCAGCCUACCAGAUUCUUCAACUAAUUAUAAUGAAAUCCCCACCUUUCAUAUACCCGAAACCUAAAGAAGGUACCCAUUUCGGGCGGAUCCUCCCCGUAUAGGCCAUUAUAGGGAGUACCCCCCCCCCCCAUCUCCCCGCGCCGGGCGGUAAGCAGAGUCGUCUCAUUGCCAAUUUGUCCGUAACGGGAUUUGACGUAUACUUCUCAGUUCUGCUCCGUGUACAAUCCCGUAGGUUUUACUCCAAAUUCUAUUUCCCAUAACUUAGUGUUAGUUAUUUAUAUAUAUAUAUUUUGCCUUUAUAAUAAAGGAUGAGAUAAAGAAGGAGUUUUAUGGGACGACGCUGGCUGCCCGACUCGAGAAAUUUGAAGUUCUUCUAAAAAGCAGGGAUGAAGGCAAGGGCUUCUUUCUGGGCGAAAAGGUGAGAUAAGAGGAAUGCGCAAAGCGUGGCAAGUGGAUUAGGCUUGCUUAAAAGACUAACGAGUAUAACAAUGUUUACAUUAAACAGGAAAGCUUUUGCGCCGCCUCUAAAAUCACAGCGGACAGGGCGUCUGUCCACACACCUUCACACACAAGAACGGUUGUGGCAGUGCCAGCCUUGUUCCCAGUCGUCCUCAGCGAUUUCCGAUGUGACGUCACCUCGGAUAGCGCGAACUGGCUUGGGUACGAGACUGUGGCAGUGCGAUUCUGACGGAGUGAAUUAAGCUGGGCCGCGCUGAUCUCGAAAGUGGAGCGUCACAUAUCGGAGAGGUUUUGCGCCAUAAUUGGUGCAGUGUGAAUUCCUUUAUAUAUUCUGCCCGUUGGGGGAACAAAAUAGGUAGGAGCGAGGCCUGGGACCCACUGAGACGGAAGUAAACGAAACCUUUCGGUCAACUACGCAGGCGCGAUGUUCGAUGUGUGUGAACGACUUGUGCCGAUGCGAGGCGUUGCUGCUCAUACCAUACUGGAUAGAUUUUUAAGUGGCCAUGAAAAGCAAAGCUUUCCAGCUAUACAGUAUGAAUAUAGCCUAAAACAUUGUCUGAGGCUUAUCACCACCCACAGAAGAAAGGUUACCCAAUCGUACGCCUCUAGAUUAACUGCGAUUUCUUUCUGUUUCUUAUCCGCAGCUUUGCUAUGCCGACAUCACUUUCUUUGACUUCUUGAACAACUUUCUUUCGAGGGGUAAAGAAGAUGUUCCUGGAGAACUUGAGAAGUUCCCGCUCUUGGUGGAGCAUUAUAAACGGGUGUUAAACGUGCCCGAAAUAUCGGAGUGGAUAAAGAAACGCCCUGUUACCGAAUUCUAA